CAGCAGCGCUACCUCGCACCCCCUGCUAGUCAUUGAGAGGAAGUCGACAGUAGAUGACAGCAGUUUUCCGUGGAAGAAGCAGCCAGGGCUUAGGCUGCUGCUGUUGCUGUUCGCCGUAACCGCGGUACACCGAAGCAAAAGUACCAGCGCCCGCAGUAGUGCAACACCCUUGCUAUAGUUCGUUCUCAUUGCAGCUGCUAGCGCUUCCGUCGCCGCUGCUUUUGCAGUGGUAAGCUUAGCAGUAGUAGUAGAUUCUAUUGGUCUAUCUGUCGGUCAGUUUCUCGGCGUGUGUAUGCGAAGGCUUAGGCUCUGAACGCAGCCGCUGACGGAGCCGCCGCGUGAGUUUGGCAGAGAGAACUAUGUUUGGAUGAGCAAAGCCGGCUCCCCGUGUGCUUGUCUAUCGGAUGUUCAUCCAGUUGCCAAGUGGCGCUCGCCCGUAACACGGUGCGCACGUCUGAGGUUCAGCGACAGGCAACGGUCGCGAUCGUGAUCGGUCGUGGCUCGAUGUUGUUGGAGUCUCGCGCAUCUGUAUAGGUCGUCAGUAAGUCGGGGCGCGACAACGUAUGAACCUCUUCUUCUAUAAUAUGAAGGUAUUUCUACCAAUUAAAUCGGUUCGAUUCCGACCUUGUUAACACAAAGAUUAUAAGAUAAGAUAGCUACGAAGACGGUGCUACGCCACAGUGCAUUGUAGACUUCGUAAAGGAAAGAAGACAUGAUAAACAGGUGUCGGGUUGAGUCGUAAUGUUAGAAAUGAAAUUGUGGACAGUUCGUGCGAUGAAGACAUCUGUCUGAUUGUUUGAUUAGUACAAACAGCGGGCGGACCGCGUAUCGCUACAUCGUACUUGAUUGCCGGUGCUCCGUAGUGAAGUUGUGCAUGUAUGUUGUUCUAAGGCAAUUGUGGUGGAGCUCGCCAAAAAAAAAGUAAUGUACGCCCAGUGAUUAGACCGCCAUGCUUGUUUCCCACCGAAUCAGCUGUGGAUAGUUACUCUAUGGAUAACGUUCAGAUUGCCAGCAGGAUAACCGCACUCGAGGUGACUUCAGCCUCCCGAUAGGUCGAGACAACUGAACUAAGGGGUAAUAAUAACUCGCGGUUAAAUUCAAAUAGCACGCUAUGUUGACAAUGUACGCUGCCAGUAGGAAAUCUCUACUGGUGUUUUCCUACCGCGAAACAGAGCAUCACAAGGAUGGCAAGGACGUCUUGUGAAAAAACCAUGGGAAAAUUAUUAUCGUAAAAGUGCUAUGUGCACAAAUCCUACCAGACGAAGAAUUGUCAACAGAAAAAAGUAUACGAGCCCCAAUCAGGUCUAUAGACGUUUGAUCUACUCCCACCUUUUAAUGGUACAACCCCAAAAAAUUAAGCAAGGACCUAGCUUUCUUUAGAAAAAUAGCCAUAUCGUGUAACACCAGCGAAUCGGCUACGACGAAGCGACUGCGUGCUUGGAUCCAGCGCUCGAACAUACUCCACCGCAUCUCAGAGUUUAUUGUACUUGACAACUCCGGUAAGAGUCCACACGUGUCUGGUACAGCUUCGUAAUAGUCUGAGGGACUGCCACAGCACACGGCUUUAAAGGAUUUUACGACGAAAAAAAGCUCGAGUCUAGCCUCGUUAACGCCAACGUGUUAACGUUUGUGUAUAGAUUAUCAGCCAUCAUCUGACAGCACAAAAUCAUCGCAUCAGCCUAACAAUACGCUGUCAACCAGGAACAUUGUGAUCGCCUACGUUAUCAGUAGUCAUCUAUCAUUUCAACGUCGUGUGAAGACCAACCAUGCAGAAUAGUGCUUUUUCUCGACAGCAACGCCAAGAACGUCUCGGCUCGAUUCCAGAGAUUCCACAAUCAGCACAGCGCCGACUAAAGUCCCAGGCGCCACCUCCGCCAAAAUUGACAUCGAUGAACGCCUCAACGUCGUCGUUCGUUGUGAAGCGUCCGACAACUUCGGCGUCAUCGUUGUCGUUGGCAGCUUCUUCGACAGUCUCACCAUCGUUGGACGCGGCCACGCCCUUAACGAGUCACAUGGCCCCGUCUUGUGCAGGAUUGCCCUCGCUAGGCGCUGGUGCCGUUCCAAAGAAACGUCCUGCGCCGAAACGACCCCAGAGCGACGACGGCGGCAGCGAUGCGCCGUCUGAAUCAUCAGGACACCGCUCCGUCACAGUGACGUUGAAACGACAACAGAAUUCACCGCUGGGCUUCUCGAUUCGCGGUGGCCGUGAGCAUGGUACCGGCGUGUAUGUCAGUCAAAUAGAUCCCAACUCGGAGGCUGAAGCUGCUGGCAUUAAGGCCGGGGACCAGAUACUAAAGGUAAACGGAUUUCCAGUUGACCAAUUCGUGCAUGCCGAGGUGUGUAUGAUGCUUAAACAGAACAAUGUUGUUACGCUCAAGCUCAGCGGGACGGGCAUGCUGCCCGUAAAGGAUCGCGGGGAUGUUGUUCUCAAGCCUGUUGCAAAUGUGGAUACUUCGCCAAAAUCGAGCAUUCCCUUGCCACCGGCGGAGCCAGACUUCGCAAAGAAUCCUCCGGUGGUACCUCCCGCGCCCAUACCACCCGCACCUCCAGCACCGCCGAAUACCAUGAGGCCGAUUCCUCCCCCCAUGCCGACGCAUAUGUUCGUGUCCGAAUUACACUCUGUCGCUCAGCAAUUGCGCAAACUGCAAAUUACCAAAGAUAUCGCCCUUGAGAAUCCGCUACUGAAACAGGUGGCCAUCAACCAACAACAACAUGACAAACUGAUGUCCGAAUUCAAGGAAGCGCACCGUAAGAUGUUUGGACAGGGCGAUCGUUUUCCAGACGAUUUCAGCGAUACGGAUCGAACGAUCGAGCGUCAGAAAACUGAACGCACGGAGGUUCUCUGCAUGAAGAAUGGCGAGUCUGGUACGGGUUCAAAUCUGCGUUCAGCGGCGUCCACGUCCAGUAUACUUUCGCUCAAGACGGAUAGUGGGCGAGGUAGCGCUUCACCGUUCGGAAGCGCGUCAAGCAGUCCUGCAUCUUCGAUCGUCGAUUCGGUGACCGAGAGCAGCAGAUCAGACCAAGGUGCCGAAGAAAAAGCCAAAUCGAGUUCACCGUUUGGCGUACAACUAAAGAGCCUACGUCGUGAAUCUUCCAACAUCGAAUUAUGUACAGCAAGUAAGAUCGAGGCGAAAACACCCCUUCGGCGGGAACAAUCUAGUCUCGAACUGAGCUCACUGAGGCAAUGUGUCCUUCCUCAAAAGAUUCAAGAGUCGAAUCUGUCCGCGGUCGCCGAGGAGCCUGUGCCUAAACCAAAAAAGGCUAUGACGCCAACGGCCGUUGCCAAAAAUAACGAGCCUUUGAGGAACACCCAGAGUGUACCAUUAGUGCAAGCAUCACCGUUUGGGACCUUCCGAAGAGAGUCAGCGAUGCAUUUAGAAAAGCAGUUAAUUGUACAGGAUAAAAACAUUAGACGCGAGAGUUCGUCUUAUAUAAUUCCGAAAAAAGAGUUCGAAAAAGCCGCCGAAUUUAAGCGGGAUUUUGGAUCGAACACUUUGGAUAUUCACGGUUUCGAAACAAUUCCUGAAAACUCAUUCGUUAACAAUCGUACAGGCCGGACAGAGGUAAUCUUUAUUCGAAACUCUCGUGAGAACGGUCGUGACAUCGAGACUAGUUCAGUAAUUUCAAGUGACGAGGGGUCUACCUACUCGGGGUCGUCCGGCUGUGGUGAACUUGUCGGGCGGCUUCGGCGUCAGUUCGAAGACCCUGGGAGUGAUAGCGAUAGCUCAGGUUCUGCGGGUAGCAAGGGGCCAGGACUGUUUUCCAAACGAACCCUAGGCCCUGUAACAAGUGGUGCUGGAGGAAAGAUCACUGUGAGCAUUGGUGUAGCGGCCUUGCCUAAGAACGCUUGUUGACCGCGUGCACAACGCGCUCAAGGAGUCCAAACCCCAAAGCGUCGAGUGCAAGCAGAUUGUCGAAACGAAGCCAGAUAGAAGCGACUACCGGAAACCUUUUCAGCUUUAGUUCUACUUCGCCGUCUUUUUACGUAAAGCUCAUUGGUCUUUCCAUCGUCUUCCAUACAUUGAGCCUUCCGCUUCGCGGAUCAUCGGCAGGUUCCAAGGCGGCGGCCAAGCGUCAAAACGAGCAAAGUCUUUAGCUGAUACCUACAUAUAUAUAUAUAAACAUUACAUAUAUUUCUAUUUUUUUAAACAAACCAAACAACCGUCCUAACCUUUUACCGAGCGAAAGCUUAUGGUACGGAAACAGGGUAGAAAUUUAACAAUGCCCUGCAGUGUUAUAUAGUUGUUAUAUAGCGAGACAGACAAGCUGAAGCUGAAGCUGUUGUAAUAAUAACAACCGCUGAAAGAAGAUGUGUCGGAUACAAAUUAGUGGCAACACGACAGGAUGAGCGGCGGUUUAUUGAUGCGACGCUGAUAAAAUUCGACAGCUCCACUAAAUUCGCUGUUACUGCCCGAAACAAUGCGUCACGAGCCACACGCCAAAGACCGAAAGCCGCAAAAGGAUUCUUCCGGCCCGUCCAUCCAUCCAUCCAUCCAUCCAUCCGUCAAGUGCUCAACAAGGUAGCCAGCGCUCCACUGUCCAAAGUAAAAUUCUGCCUGAUGAAAGCCGUACAUCAUUCAAUCAGCCACGGCUAUUGGUGCUCCUACUACCGCUGCUGUUGGCUAAACCCCGUUUGUAACGCUGUCGCAACGAGCGCUGCUACUCCAGUCACUAUCUGUUCAGCGUUAAGUCUGUUGUUCGAGCGGCCAGUGGUGCGUUUUGCCUCUCGCUAGGGGUUCUAUGACUCCGGGGCUGACCAGCGCAAACGGAACGGACGUAACCGAUAUGUACUUUUUCGUCUCUGGGGUCUGUUUUUCAUCCUUUACGUCGGAUUAUUAAGCCGUUAAGCAUGACUUCAGACGGCUGCGUCCCAGCACGAAACAAAGGUGUGUCUGCGCCCACACUCGAACCUAAACCACCACGUGUAAAUUUAGCAGGCAAACACGCGAUCCGCUGCGCUACGACGCGGACCGUCUCCGAAGCCCGUCACAUCCUCGGGCUGUCGAUCUUGCUGCGAUCGUUAUCGGUGUUACUGCUCCUAGCUGGCCGAACUGUUCUAUCGUGAGCGGAGUGCCACCACAGCUAAAGAACCCUUGAACGCUGCUCUAUCACGCAGGAUCUGCCACGUCCAUCUGUAGAUAGUUGGGCAGUUUAGCUGACUAGUUCAGGUCGUUUGCCUUUGCCUAUGCUGCAGUUAAAACGCUAAGCGGCGCCGGUAGCGCUAGUGAUGACGGUAAAGCCGGGUACUUCAGCUCGCGAUCGGACGUGAGCUCUACCGUCUCUCGACCGAUUCCCGUAGUCAUGUCAUUCUAUACAAACUGUUACUUUGCUACGCUGGGAACUGCUCUGCUGGUAACGAGACUAGUUAUUGCUUAACUAUUGCAAUAACAGUGAAUCCUUCGCCUGGCCACGUUCGCUUUCUAUGGGCCGAAUUUGGGCAGGAUCGGGCAGUAGGCUUCACAGCAGCGUUGUGGAUGUGGGCGCUGUGCGAGCACAAUGAUUCGCUGCUCAAAAUGUUAGCGAUAGACAACAGUUUAACUUAAACAACUGACACUUUCAGUAAUAAGAAUACUUUCUAUAGCAACAGCUGAAGCGGCAGCAGGAAGCCACAUCAUCGGGGAUCACAACAAGCGUAGAAACGCCAUGCUACAGUAGAGAUAUCUUGGCACGGAUUAGCUACAAUGUAAUCGCCCAAGCACGCAAGCUUCAUCCGAGCUAUCCUUGCAAUAGAGAUCACAGAAGGAGCGGGUAAUAACGAAUAAACGCCUGUUCGUAAGGAUAUCCAAGUGCUGGAUAGGGUAACCGGGCUGAAACAAUCGUUUUUUACCGCCACUUUAUUGUCCGAACUAGAGCAAUAAUAGCCAGUGCAAUUUGACAGAACUUCCGCAUAUCGACCCCAGCUUCAAAGUGUCUACAAUUUCUGCCUGCUUCUCGAUCAUUGUGCGUGGCGACGCUGCCCGUUCGUUGUUGUCACCAAUAAUCUUCGAUGUCCCUAUCGUCGCGACGUUCAACGCUCGCGACUACCGCCAGUGGAUUUCCCGUUUUACUUCACGUUGUUCAUUCCCGCCGUAACCCUCGUUUGCCCCCUUGGACUGUUAUCGCAUUUCAGACAACGAGAGCGACGGCCGCAUGCAUGCAUGCAUGCAUGCGUAAUGCUUCCAUGCAACGGCCUGCAGAAAGGCUUUACUACCUAAGGAAUAGCGGUUGUAGGGCACUUCGGACGUUUUGCGCGACAAAAAAAAAAACCCUUUCCUCUUCUGUGCAUCCAUCCUGUGGUAGAGGCAUUGUAAAUACUAUAAAUAAAUAUAUAGAUAGAUAGAUACCGUGCGAAAGAUCGAGCAAAAAGACGACCGCAUUGAUGUACCAUUACGAAUGACGCAUAAAAGUAAGAACGCUGCGAAGCUAGUAGAAAGACUGUGAUGAGCUGUAUGGGCGUGAAAUAUUAACGAGAGAACGAGAUGUUAAUACCAACUAUACAGUAUAUAGCUGAUUGGCUUCAUUGAGUAAUCCGAAUGGACAUUGUACGAACAAAAGGAUUUAAGGAUGAUUUGUCGGAUCGUUUUGAAAUACAUAAACUAUUACAUCAACUAUAACCUCUACCCCAACGUGUGUUGUUUCCAGUACGAAUAAACAUGUUGGAUAAUGGGCAUAUACGAUUUUGGUAGAAAUUCAAAUAUACGAUACCAUUUGGUUGCUCGGGCACUGAUCCUGUGAGUGCAGCAGUAUAUUUAUUAGUUAACGCGUUGCUUCUCGAACCUAAUUCGUUGAACCGAAAGGUGUUAUCUAUUUAGAAUUCUAUGAGAAACGAUAUGCAAACUGUAUGUAAUGCAGGAAAACAGUAAGGACCGUCACCACUCAAUCCGCGGUGACAGCACUGAAGUCCAGCGUUGCCCGAGUCCUAAAGAAGCCCGAUUUCGAUCACGCGUCUUCGUUCUAACAGAGCAAACUAAAAUAGCGAUCAAUGGAUAUAUCCGAAAAUGGCUACAUAUGAAAAAUUGCUGUCCUUAAAGCUGUUUUCGAAUCGAUCCGGCUACGUAAAUGUUUUAUCCAUUCCGUUACACGUACCGGUGGUACGAACGUCCUUGCUUUACGUGUUCAGAGUUUGUCCAGAGAUUGUUUUUCAACGGUUUAGCAAUUAUUUUGUUGCCGAGAGUGACGGCACAGGAUGAAGCAAAUGGAGCUCGGGGUGAAGUAAGUGGCAGAGGAUAAAGCAGGGGAAUUGGUUUACCCAAAAACGUCCCAUAACCGCGGAAUGUUCGAUUUUUCGAAACUAUGAAAGCAGGGCGCCAUGGUAACAAUGUAUUGUUGAUUUUUGCCCACGUUCAUGGGGUAACCGAACAAGCUCUAUUUCUCCAGCAGGCAAUUGGAUAAAGCUGCGCAAAUGUUACGCAUUGAUCAGAAAUGGCAUUUGCCAAACGUCGUAGUAGGCGUCCCCAAGAGCAGUCAGCUGAUUGUGGUAUUGUGAUCAUUAUUUAUGUAGCAUUAUUUUAACGCUCUGUGAGCUAGCUAAUCAUCAUGUAUGGCACCGAGAUAUUUUAGUAUUUCGUGAUAUCAGGCUAUCUAAUCCACCAUCUUGAUCUGGUUGUUCGUAUACGAUAUUUAUCAAUUAAUACACAUAGAACAAGUGUGCUGGUUAUAUUUCGAAAUGUAAAGAAGAUAGAAAUAGCGUAUUCUAUUUGAAACGCUCAAACCAAUCUCAUAUUAUUAUAAUAUCACAAGUAACGAUUUUAACUUCCAUUAAACGCAAACAUGAAAAUUAAAAGGGCAAAAAAGCCCGCUCAAAGCGUAGUCAUCGAUAAGCCGUCACCAAUCAAAUGAUUGUGCCAUCCGUAAAUUAUUAUGCUGACUAUAUAUAUAUAUAUAUAAGAACGUAUUGUUGAAACGAGACAAAAGCUCUGAAAUAUAGCUCUUUCCAAAGAGUACCUCACAUAACGCGGACAGUACAAAGUCAAAUAGAAUGGCGAAGUCGACAGACGCUCACAAACCUUCUCCACACACUUUGCUCACGUUAUGAUUAUUCUGCUUCGGUCUUGUUCGGUUUCUUUUCUUCUAUUUCUCGAUCGUUCCUGGAUCAAUGUCACUUAAACUGGCCUGCUCUUCUUCAUUCCGCUGGCGAAGUUCCCGCACUGAUCAUGGUGACGCUGAAGAUAACGGCGCAAGUUCUAGUCGAGUUCUUUCGACUUGGCAGCCCAAAUGAUCACCAUCACGUUGAUAUCUAGCGGAAUGAAGAUCGGGAUGACCGGACGACAUCAGCACUUUUUAAUCAACAUUCAACAGGCAGACUUCGGCAUAGAAGGAGGAACUUCUAGCAGCAGCAGCAGCAGCAGCAGCAGCAGUAACUUGCCUUAUAUUGCUCGGUGUUGUCGCCCGGGAAAAGUCGGGAGUCGUCGUUAGAAGCGGGUGCAGCCAGACGAUUCUUUCAUAGAAUCUCGUGUAUGGGGGACGAGUUCCUGUGCCUUUGCGUUUUAGUCAUAGAGCCAAGUUCACUGUCCUGUAAUUGCGAGAUAUUUGGCUCUCUGCCGGUUGUCCAUUACCCCCGCGAAACACGAACCGAACAAGCGCAUACAAUAUAAUUACACGCAAUGUGUGAAUAAAUCAAACGGGACGCCCAUGUGACAUUACUUGCUAUACUUCAAUUCGGACUCUACCCCUACGGGGUUAUACUCUUUAAAGGGAACUUGUUUAGCACCAUCCCAAAUGUAUUAGGAGUCUUCCGGGGUAAGAGUUUAGACAGGGACCAAACGAUGGCUCGUACCGUCGGCAGCAGAGACACGGGAAAUGCCUACAGCGAUCCCCACUAACGACAACCUAUUGACAUCUCUUGGAACCCGCCUCGUUUAUGUCAACUACGGGUAUCGCAGCGAUCCUGCUAUUCACGAGUGAUUGUCACAAUGUGGUGAAGAUAACUCAUCAGAAAAAAUAUUAAACGACGAUAAAGACGAUUUUGUAAUAAAAGGAAUUGGGUUCGUUGCGCUGCAUAAUUAUAAUGAAAAGUAUUAUGCUUUUAUGCGAGAGCAACAACAGUCAACUAACUCGUGCGAGGAACGAGCUGUCUCAAGUAAUACUUAAUAGCUUUAGUACCGCACGUAAAACAGAAGCAAUAUCAAAAUAUUUAACAGGAAAUAAAGGUCAAUCGGCGGUUGAUGUUUUGGAGUAAGUUCCAGCGAAAUUUGUUGUGCUUCGUGUUUUCCCUUACAUUCAAAUGAUUUUAGUUAUAGUUUCGCCUACUGCUAUACCGUGUUGUAUAUUAAAUAAGAUAUUUAAUAAAUUAGCUGGACCACGCAUGCAAAUAUAUAUGAAAAUGAACUGUACUGCGAAAGCCUAAUUUACAUACCCAAUUAUGAUUUGAACCAUAUUUAUGGAUUUAUGACUCAGUAUUCCAAUAGAUUAUUUUUAUCUACUGCUCUGUAGUAAGUGUUUGCCUCAGCUUUGGCAUAUGGGUUUCCAACUGUUUUUCUUCAGCAUACAAAAACGUACUCUUGAAUGAGGGCGAGAUGAAGCUUCGAGUGCUCGAGAACUCGGACAGUCCAGCAAUAAGGACAAGUUAGGUCGUGAAGGUGACGAGCUGAAUUCGACUUUUGAUCUAUGUCUAAGAGAUAUCUAAUGCUCGGCGGCCAUCCUGAAGAACUUAUUCACAGUAGUGUAGAUUAUCUGUACAAAUUCACUGGCUCAGUACAUUAAUUGUGGCAUACUGUUUUGCAAUAUAUAUAUAUAUAUAUAUAUUGCCUUAA